AUGACGGAGUGGACCCUGCUCAAACGCCUCCUGGAUGCUGUUCACCAGCACUCCACGAUGAUCGGUCGCCUGUGGCUCACUGUCAUGGUCAUCUUCCGGCUGCUUAUCGUCGCCGUGGCGACUGAGGACGUGUACACCGAUGAGCAAGAGAUGUUUGUGUGCAACACGCUGCAGCCAGGGUGCUCCACCGUCUGCUAUGAUGCGUUUGCACCCAUUUCACAACCUCGCUUCUGGGUCUUCCACAUCAUCAGUGUCUCCACACCUUCCCUCUGCUUCAUCAUCUAUACAUGGCACAACCUGUCCAAGCUGCCCCACAACACCACCAAGAGGCAGGGGCAAGGAGUAAGGGAUAUCCCAGGGCAGGAAGGCCCAGAUGUAGGGCAAGGCGGUGGACAGGAGAUGUAUGAUCGGAGCUGCGACUCAGACAGCUGCUCCAUCCACUCCCAUAAGCAUCUAGGCCAUAGCCUGGCAGAUGUGCUGGAGGGCAUCACUGCCCAGAACCCUGCAGACGGUCACGUGGUCUCUGGAGGGGUUCUGUCUAAAUGUUAUGUCUUCCAUGUGUGUUUACGGGCUGUUCUGGAGGUGGGCUUUGUCCUCGCCCAGUGGAAGUUGUUUGGCUUCCAGGUGCCAGUGCAUUUCCUUUGUACCUCAGCCCCCUGCAGCCAGCCCGUGGACUGCUACGUAUCCAGGCCCACGGAGAAGACCAUCUUCCUGAUCUUCAUGUUCUGUGUGGGUGUUUUUUGUAUCCUGCUCAACCUGCUGGAGCUCAACCACUUGGGCUGGAAGAAGAUCCGGCAGGCGGUGAGGCUGAGGGAGAGUGCAUCCUGGGGACGUUGUCCAGGUAUGAGGAGGGGAUAUGAGACCUUCCCUCCAGACAGCCCUUCUCUCACAUCCUCUUUAGGCUUCAGGGAUGUGACCAGCACCACCUCCCUGCCCACUCUGGACCUGGUGGUGGGUCACAAGCCUGAAUGGACCUGUGCUGUAAACUUUGGCAGGAUAAGGGAACCUGAGGGGGUCAGAGAAACAAAACAGGGGCAACCAAAGAGACAGGACUCCCAUAAAGGAGAAAGGCAGCCUCUGAAGAGUAAGAGAGAGAUCAGAGGCUCCAAGCAGAGGAGUACCGAGGUCUGGAUAUAG